AUGUCUGGAUAUUCCUUUUCUUGCGUGACUCGCGGUGUAGGGGUUUCCAUGCGCCGAAAGACCGCGAUAAUGGAGCGAGGUCUCCCGCACGAGGCAAAUUUACUAAAUUUUGUCUGGCAAUUAUCAGCAAGUUUUUCGAAACGAUCUAUACGCCACGCUGAAAAUGGAGCAAUUUUGUGGCAGAAAAUACUUGACACAAACCUUUGCUAG